GCUCCAGGUUGGCUGCUCCUCAUCUGCCUUCCCAUGACCCUGGGCUGCGGCCACUGCCCUGCUCUCCUCCACAAUGUUUCCUAGCCCUGUGACAACGACACCCUUCUCGGUCAAGGAUAUUUUGAACCUGGAGCAGCAUCAGAGCGGCCUGGCGCCCAUGGAGCUCUCGGCGCUGUCCUCGCCCUCCUGCAUGCUCUCCACCUUCAAGCAGGAGACGUACAGCGCCGAGCCCCCCGGCCUGCCCGAGCUGCGGGACGAGCUGCCCGAGGCGCACCCUGCCAAAAGCGCCUUCCCCAGCUCCUACUACGUUAAAAGCUACGUGGAAAUGGACUCGGCCAAGGACUCCAAGGCGGACAAGAAAGAACUGUGUUCCCUGCACAAGAGCCUGGAGCAGGACAAGAGAGACCUGGAAGAUCCCGAGCGCCCCAGACAAAGGAAGAGGAGGAAACCUCGCGUGCUCUUUUCUCAAGCCCAAGUCUACGAACUGGAGAGAAGGUUCAAGCAGCAGAAGUAUCUCUCGGCCCCCGAGAGAGACCAUCUAGCAAAUGUCCUAAAGCUCACCUCUACCCAGGUUAAAAUUUGGUUCCAGAAUAGAAGGUAUAAAUGCAAAAGGCAGAGACAGGAUCAGACCCUCGAAAUGGUGGGGAUCCCACCGCCCCGGCGGAUAGCGGUGCCUGUUCUGGUGCGCGAUGGGAAGCCCUGCUUAGGGGAGUCUUCUCCCUACAGUUCGCCGUACAAUGUCAGCAUUAACCCCUACAGCUACAACGCCUACCCUGCGUACACCAACUACAACAGCCCCGCCUGCAAUGCCAACUACAACUACCCCUCCAUGCAGACCAUGCAGCCCUCCGCGGCCGGCAACAACUUCAUGAACUUCGGGGUAGGGGACUUGAAUUCAGUGCAAACGCCCAUCCCGCAGGGCAACGCGGGCAUUUCCACGCUGCAUGGGAUCCGCGCCUGGUAGAGC